UUAGUAGUAUGUGAGUGCAAUUAAAACAAACACUAACACUUAUUAAACGGGGAACUUAUCAAACGCCAAAAGUGAGUCACAAAAAACGCAGAACGUAGAUCAAAAAACCGUCACAAUGUCGACAAAAGACACUGCUCCGCCCUCAUACGACGACGUAAUGAAAUUUAACAAUGCGCCCCCACCACCAAAUGCUCCCCAGGUUAUUGCGGGCGUACAUCAGGGAGCACCGACAGCGCCUCUUCCCAAUAUGCAGCCCGCUGGUGUCUAUGUGCCCAGCUACGGGGCCUUUGAAACCACUCCAGUAAGCGUUGUUGUUCAGCCGGCUCCUGUGAUGAUGCCCUCCGAGAUAAUUGUGAUUGGUGGCUGUCCUUCAUGCCGCAUUGGCUAUUUGGAGGAUACUUAUUCACUGCUCGGCGUUUGCUGCGCCAUAUUGUUCUUCCCCAUUGGCAUACUCUGCUGCCUGGGAAUGCGGGAGAAACGCUGUAACAACUGUGGUGCUGUGUAUUGAGCGCCUUCCAAAAUCCAACGCCCCAAAUUCUUAAUCGUCUUUAUACGUAUGUAUGUUUGUAAGUGGAACGCAAUUGGCAUUUAAAAUGCAUCUGUCACACAGUCUAUCAAAGUCUACAUUGAAGGUGAUUUGUCCUAUGACACCCAUAAGUUUUAGUCAGAUUUAUAUUUAGGCAUUGUUAUAAGCUUCGUUAUAUAAACAUAAAAGCGUAAAAAAUUGGUGUUUUGUUGUAAUAAGACCUUUUCUAUCGCAGAUAGAAAUGCAGUCGAUUUGUUCUAUAGUCAGGUACUCGAUUAACACGGUUAUAGGACGAAACGUGAAAUGAGGGCAGUGGUUUGGUCUCAACAUAAUUAAAUUGGUGAGCAGAAACAAAAAAGUCAAGUACUUAGAACUUUUCAUGAAGAAAAUAUGAAGUCGUAAGGAUGCUGGUCAGAAAAGCUUUUCUUUCGUAACUUCAUUUAAAAAAGCAAAAAAUUUAAAAACAGCGUCUAAAUGUAUCCUAAUGGAAUCAGCAUUGCAGCAAACUUUAAUUUGCUGUGGCGUCAUGAAUAUUAUCUACGCCCCCUGCACAUCAAGAAAUGCAUUCCGGUCCAUGCUAACGAUUAGUGUCCGAAUAUGUAAACCUCCUGCUCUUUGAUAAACUCAGAUGCCGAAGGCGAUGACGCCCAACAAUGUAAUUUAUCUUUCCAUAUUUUACGUUAAUAUGUAUAUGGAGCACAGCUUAUCACAAAAAACAAAAAAUUCUAGAUCGAGUGACCACAACCACAGACGAGUUCAUUUUGAAUUCGUGGUUAUUAAUGUACAUACGUAUAAGUGUUGUAUCGGAACCCUAAAUUACUGCGUAAUUCCUUAUUGAUAUCGCAUUGGACUGUUUUUAUCAUACGAUUAUAUUCGAAAUGUUAGAUGAUAUGUUUUUUAUGCAUUAAACUUAUACAUAUUGUUAUUAUA